UCAGUUUGCUUUUAACAUCCAGUCUUUAAACACUUAUAAAGUGGUACAUGUUUUCACGCUUUGAAAAAUAACUUAGUUUCUGAAAUAAAAACGGCGUGCUAAAACUUCUAUACAUUUGCUUUUUCACAAUGGUAGCAGCACAUUUUAAAUUAAUUUUACUAAUAAUAUUUUGUUUUUCACUAUUAAAUGUCAUAAAAUGUUCUAAAAAUGAAAGUUUAAUAGAAAUGAAAAUCGAAAAUGAUAUUUUAAAAGAAAAAAAUGGUAAGCAUAUAGAUUUACCGAAAAUAUUUGUGAAAAAACUUUUCAAAAUUUGUCCUAAAAAUCUGAGAUGUGUUCCACAAAUUCAAUGUCCGGCACAUGUGCUUAUGAAACCAGAAGAGAAACCGUUAAAAUGUAAUUUACCGUUUGGGAAACAUGGUUUUUGUUGUACUACAGGUCAAAGCCAUACAAGUUUUAACAAUUCGCGAAUUAAACGGGAAAUUUAUAAUUUGAAUUAUAAUAGUUUGAAUUAUAUAAAGGAAGCUCGAUCCCGGAUUGCCGAUAUGAUGGCAAGCACUAGUCAAACUGCCAAAGUAAUAGUUGGCCAUCCAGGCUAUUAUCAUGGUUUCAUGUUCAAUCAACCUGAAGAAAACUUAGAAGAAAUGAUAGCACAAUCAAAUUUAGCAAUAGAACAAGUUGUUGCAACCCAAGUAUUAAAAGAAAAAAAUCAUAUCCCAAGUUAUGCUUUCGCGGAAUCCCAAGUUAAAGUGAAUUUAUAUCCUGGUCAUAGCCAGUGCGAUGAAAAAACACCAGAUUGUCCAGAUUUAAAUGCAAAAUAUCGAACAAUAGAUGGUACCUGUAAUAAUCCACAUCCAAAUAGAGCUAGUUGGGGUUCAGCUGGUUCUCAUAUGGAAAGAUUAUUAAGCCCAGCUUAUGCUGAUGGUAUUUGGAGACCUAGGGAAUUCAGCGUUAAAGGCGGUAAAUUGAAAAGUGCACGAGACAUUUCUAGAAAUUUGGUGCCAAAUAGCAAUCGUCCACAUAAGCAUUUCAAUUUAUUUUUAAUGCAAUUUGGACAAUUUAUAGCACAUGAUUUAACACAAUCCAGAUCUAUUCGUAUGCCAGAUGGAAGGGAUGUUCAGUGUUGUUCUGAAGAUGGUUCAAGUAUGUUACCAAAAGAACAAAGACAUUAUUCGUGUUUUCCUAUUGCAAUAAGUCCACAUGAUGAGUUCUAUUCAAAAUUUAAUCAAAGAUGUAUGAAUUUUGUCAGAUUAGCACUGGUACCAAAUGGAUGUAUGGCUGGUUAUGGCAGACAGGCAUCACAAGUAACACAUUAUUUAGAUGGUUCACCCAUUUAUGGUUCUAAUGAAAGAAUUGCUGCAUCAUUAAGAACAUUUAGAGAUGGGAAACUGAGAAUGUUAACGGAAAAAAAGCAUGAUAUAUUACCGUUAACAAAUGAGCAACCAUUUUGUGCUGAUCUUAAACCCGGAGCAACUUGUUUUAUAGCUGGUGAUACCAGAGUUAAUCAAAUUGCGUCUUUAGUUGCUGUUCAUAUUCUAUUUAAUCGAGAACAUAAUAGAAUUGCAACUAUAUUGUCUGCCAUUAACCCUGAAUUAUCAGAUGAAGAAAUUUUUCAAGAAACACGUAGAAUAGUCAUUGCUGAGCUUCAACAUAUUACGUUCAAUGAGUAUUUACCAGCUAUCAUUGGGACUGACAUAAUGGAACGAUUUAGCUUAUUAACAGGCCAUCAAGGAUAUAAUUCUGAUUAUAACGAAGAUGUUAAUCCAGGAGUAACAAAUGAAUUCACAGGAGCUGCAUUUAGAUUUGGCCAUUCAACAGUUGAUGGAAGAAUUAAGAGCCCAUCUGGAGAAGAAAUAGAAAUUCCUGAUAUCAUGUUUAAUGUCGAUAGAAUGCGACAGAAAACUUUCUAUGAUGAAAUGUUGAUAGGAAUGACUAGACAGCCCAUGCAAGAUUUUGAUAAUGCUGUUACUCACGGGCUAAGUAGAUUUUUAUUCCGUGGAGACCAACCAUUCGGUUUAGAUCUCCCUUCUUUAAACAUUCAAAGAGGACGUGAUGAAGGACUUCGCCCAUAUAAUGAUUAUCUUGAAGUCAUGGGUCAUAAUCGUGUUACUAGUUUUGAUGAUUUUCAUCCAGAAUUGGCGAGACGACUGGCUAAAGUUUAUAAGCAUCCUGAUGAUAUUGAUUUAUGGAUUGGCGGUUUAUUAGAGCCAAUUAUUACAUCAGGUGGCAUUUCUGGUCCAACGUUCUCAGAAAUUAUAGCUGACCAAUUUUCAAGAGUACGACACGGUGAUAGAUACUUUUAUGAAAAUGGACCGGAAAUAAAUCCUGGACAUUUUACAUUAGCUCAAUUAAAUGAAAUUCGUAAAACUUCGAUGGCUGCAUUGAUAUGCGACAAUAUGGAUUAUUUAAUAACAAAUGAAAUUCAACCACUAGCAUUUGUAAGGCCCGAUGUUAAAAGUAAUUAUCCAAUUAGAUGUGAUAGUAAAGCAAUUCCAAGAGUCAAUUUAAACGCAUGGAGAAUCAAAAAGAAACACUAAAAACGAUAUUUAUUACUUUUUAAACCUCUAGUUUAAAACAUUUGCGUUUUUAAAUAUUAUUUAAUUUUAAUAUGUUCCUAUUGUUGUGUUAAAACAAUAUCUGUUAAUUUUAUGUUUUAAAUCAAAGUUAAGAAUUUAUUUUUAUUGGAAAAUGCAUUUUCAAGGUGAACAUUUAUAAUUAUUGUAGGUAAAUAGGUAUUUGUACUAAAAAAAAAAUAUAGUAAUUCUUUGUGUAAAAUAAAAAAU